AUCGUUGGCCGGUGGGCGCCAUAUUGGAGUACAACUAUUGUUAUAAAAAGAGACGGGGCUGCUGUUAGCUGAGUUUAUGUUUUCUUCAAGUGUGAUUUAAAAUUAUAAGGUAUUUUCUACGAAGGGUCAUGAGAGAAAUGUCAGCGUAAGUCACAACCGCACAGCAGCGAGUUUCCUAUUAGAAAUAACUGUUUGAGAUGGUGAAAUAGUCGUUGCUAAGCUAAUUAGCCAGCUAGCGUAUUUUGUAUUCUCUAGCGUGCUUAGCAGAUAGAACAUCAACAACCAAAAUGUCCUUUAUGAAAAUAGUGUUCUUCACGGUGUUCACAGAUUCUCCAGUCAAAUAAAAUGGGUUUUAUUCCGCACAAGAUAUGGGAUGACAUUUGCCUUGUUGAUUUUGUGUUUGGAUUAGCUAAUAUUUAUUUGUUUACCAGGCGAGGCGCUAAAUUAGGAAGAACGUUAGAUCGGAUAAAGGAGCUGGGGGUAGCACCGCUGGAGUAGCUGUGCUGUGUUUGUAGUUAGCUAGCAGUAUAAACACAACCCGCUUCUUUAGCACUUGAUGGUUAGGGUUUUACGUCUGUUAAUUGGUCACUUUGCGCUGUAGUGGCUUAUGCAUUUAAAGGAGAACAAGUUUGGCUCAAACGCACUCACGUUAACUUGGUGGCCACAGCAAGCAAGCGACCAUUGACUAGCUGUGGAAUUGAGCUAGCAUCAUUAUUACGCAACCUCAAAGACUUUUUGGUACACAGAAGUGUGUUUGUUUAUUGGAUUUGUGAUUAUGUUAAUAUAGUGGUGUUAUUCCGAUAAAAGAAGCAUAUAUUAGUGCACUGGUGUUCUUGGUGUAUCCUACUUUGUCACAGUCAACGAAGCAGUUAGUAAGAAUACGUUGCAAUUCAUCAGUUCAUAGAUUGUGUGGUGGUGUUUUUUUGAGUCAACAUUCAACAAGUGCACUCUUAGUUUUAGUUAAUAAAAGGUUGCCAUAUUCAGCUUGUAUAUCAUACAUCUGACAAAUAAGAAUCUCCUUAUAUUUCUUCAGGUUUUUAUGGUGCAUGGUAUAAUAACCUAGUAUCGCAGUAUUAAUGGGCCAUUUAAAAACACUUUGUGUAUGUCUUUUUAUACAUCUUUGUAUCUUUAGCAGGAGGAAAAGACCCCCAAAUUGUUGUUUUCUUAUUUUUGAGAGGGACGUUCUCGUACAUUGUUAGUAUUUCUCAAAUUGUUGUAAGAUGAAGGAGAGAGUGACUGAGGAAAUACAGCACACUGAGUCAAAGAAAAGGUAAAAAGAGGUGGUUGGUUUAGGACUGGACAGCUAAAUAGCUAUGUUUCCAUCCACAACGUUUGCAGGAGCUUGCAUUUUUUUAUUUUAUUUUUUAUUAUUAUUUAAAUGAUUGCAGAUUUUCCUCAGAUUUGGUCCAGGAUGCGUCAUGUGAUGUCAUUACAAUGCGCAUUCAGCCAAAGUCCCCUUCGAUUUGAAUGCGUGGAAUGUGAGUACAGCUAAAAGAUCUCAUUUACCAACAGACAUACUUGUGAAAGAAUGUGCAAUUGCAUUUUUGCCAGUUCGAGUAGUUUUUUCACCAAAAAAAACCCUCAAAUUGCAUCGCCAAUUAUUUUUUAUAUAUAAAAAAAGUCGUUUAAAAAAAUCGCAGUAAAAUCAAGAUGCUGCAACAAUCACAAAAAACUCAGCGAGUACAGACUGUACAAUGGAAAUCACAUUUACCGAAUAUAUUUAGCGAUGUGCAUAAAUAAAAAUCUUGUUUUUGCCUCAACAAAACUUGAUUCUAUGAUUGGCUCAGAAAAGUAAAAUUAGUGGCCCAAUCUCAUUGCAUAGCGUCUCAAAUGUUCUUUUUGUAAUUCUGAAAUGCCUGAGCCAAAUCAAAAUGGUUUGGUAUUUAUCUCCCAGAACUGUCUCACACAAUCACGUUCCCAAAUAUCAGGCCUCUGCCUGCAACUGCAAUAACAUGAGGUUUGUGAUAGCAUUUCGUCUGCAUGGUCUGAAGUGCAAGUCAUUUAUUGUAUUGGAGAAAAGAGCCACAGUGUCUUCCCCGGUUGCAACAACUACCAUUUGUAUUGAUACUUUGCGCCAGUUUCCCCAGAAGUGACGAUUUUAUUUUCUUGAACACACGGGAUGGAAAUGGUGCUUUAUUCACAAAUGUUUUGUGUGAUAUUCCAAUUUUUCACAGAAGUUAAAUACACAACUUGGAUGGAAACAAAGCUAAUGUCAUGUUCUUCUGUAUGUUUGAUAGCCAUUGUGUAUGAUGAACUUGCAAACAUGCUAGGAGUAGCAGCAGAGAUGACAAUACUUAUAACAGUAGCGGAUUACACAACCGAAGUGUUUUCAGUGCAGUUCAUGUCUUCUAUUCUGAGACAGAUGUUGCAGUAGUAUGAUUUAUGGGGAGUUCAGAGAGGGAGGGAGUUGCAAAAUCCAUCGAAAUGUGGCACUGUAACAACCCUAAUUUCCAUAUAAAUGAAAAUUGAUAUGUAUAUAUCUCACGCAUAUAACUUUUCAUUUUUUCCCCUUUUUCUUUCUUCUUUCUCAAAGAAGUUGGCCAUUCUUAGUCCAGUCUAUUUCUUGUGUAGCUGCUAAUGUAAAGUCUGAGGUCAAGAUGAUGGGUUAACAUUGGAGGAGCUGAGACAGAACUGUCACUCUUCCAGAAGUAUUGUGGGUAUCAUCAGCAUUUCUGUAAUGCCAACUAACUGCAACUGGCAGCAUCAAGUAGCUCAUUGGAUAUUCAUUUGUUUAACCCAAUUUCUCUUAUUGUGCCUGGUUAAAUGGUGAAGUUUGAGCAACUUUAAAGGAACCCGAUCACUUCAAAUGGUUUACUGAAACUGGAAGUCAUGUUUUGUCUUUGUUAGCUAAAUAAAAUAUCACGUACAUAUUAUGAAAAUAUCUUCCAUUAUGUUAAGAUUUUUGUCCCUCAGUUGCACUUGGUUUUAUUUUCUUCUCAGCAGUUCGGGAAAUAAUAUGCUUGGCGGGCAGCAGCCUCAGAAACACUAUGGCAUCACGUCCUCAAUCAGCCUGGCCUUUCCCCGGGAUAUCGACCACCUGUACACUCAGAAACUCAUGGAGGCCAUGAAACCUUUUGGAGUGUUUGAGGAUGAAGAUGAGCUUAAUCACAGGCUUGCAGUUCUUGGUAAGCUGAAUUCAUUUGUUAAAGAGUGGAUUGCAGAGAUCAGUGAAUCAAAGAAUCUGCCCCCUUCGGCUGUAGCAAAUGUUGGCGGCAAAAUCUUUACCUUUGGGUCCUAUAGACUGGGAGUGCACACAAAAGGUGCUGAUAUAGAUGCCUUGUGUGUGGCACCUCGACAUGUUGAAAGGAGUGAUUUCUUUGCAUCUUUUUUUGAAAAACUCAAACAGCAUGAUGAGAUCAAGGACCUACGGGCUGUCGAAGAUGCAUUUGUCCCAGUGAUCAAAUUCAAGUUUGAUGGGAUCGAGAUUGAUCUUCUUUUUGCAAGGCUUGCCCUGCAGUCUAUCCCAGAUAACCUGGACCUUAGAGGAGAUUCUCUGCUCAGAAACCUGGAUAUUAGAUGUAUUCGCAGUUUAAACGGUUGUCGUGUUACUGAUGAAAUCCUGUACUUGGUGCCCAACAAAGAGAACUUCAGACUUACUCUACGGGCCAUCAAACUGUGGGCUAAGCGUCGUGGAAUCUACUCAAACAUGCUUGGCUUCCUGGGUGGUGUGUCCUGGGCCAUGCUGGUGGCCAGAACCUGUCAGCUUUACCCAAACGCUGUGGCUGCCACACUUGUGCACAAAUUCUUCCUUGUCUUCUCCAAAUGGGAGUGGCCAAAUCCUGUCCUUUUAAAGCAACCUGAAGACAGUAACUUGAAUCUGCCAGUCUGGGACCCACGGGUAAACCCAUCAGACAGGUACCAUUUGAUGCCAAUUAUCACACCUGCAUAUCCCCAGCAGAAUUCUACCUACAAUGUGUCCACCUCCACCCGCACAAUCAUGAGCGAAGAGUUCAAAUAUGGCCUUACAGUUACAGAUGAAAUCCUUCAGGGUAAGGCUGACUGGUCCAAGUUGUUCGAGCCACCAAACUUUUUUCAAAAGUACAAACAUUAUAUUGUGCUUACUGCCAGUGCAUCCACUGAGGAGAACCACCUAGAAUGGGUUGGGCUGGUUGAGUCGAAGAUUAGAGUGCUGGUUGGUAACUUGGAGCGAAAUGAAUACAUCACUCUUGCUCACGUGAACCCGCAGUCUUUUCCCUGGUCGAAGGAAAGCCGUAAUGACAAUGACUUUGUUUCAAUGUGGUUCAUUGGAAUCAUUUUCAAAAAGUUGGAGAAUGCUGACUGUGUGAAUAUUGAUCUGACUUAUGACAUCCAGUCCUUUACAGACACUGUCUACAGGCAAGCCAGUAACAUUAACAUGCUGAAGGAAGGGAUGACCAUCGAAGCCACACACGUGAGGAAGAAGCAGCUACAUCAGUACCUGCCUGCUGAACUUGUGCACAGAGGCAAGAAGAAGAGCUCGGGAGACCUGAAUCGCAGUUCAAAUGGUGGUGGGUCUAAACGCUGUUCGCUCGAUGGCAGUCAGCUGGACAGUUCCAGAGACACCGAUACAGGCACACCGUUCAGCUCUCCUACCGCAAUCAUAAAAAGCUGCAAGUCAGUCUCCACACCUGAUGACAGCAUUACCCCACCAACGCUUUCAGUUCCCAUGUUUGUGGAUAGCUCCCCAUCCUCAGAGUCAUCUCCUCCACAGAAAGGGCCAGGAAUGUCUAUUCCAGUAAUUGGAGCGCAGACAUCAGUCACACAGGUGGCCAAGCCCACAGUGCCUGUCACAGGGAGCACCAUUCCCACAGUGGUGGGCCGAAAUGUGAUGCCGCGUAUGAGCCCACCCAACACCAGCUCAUCUGACCUGACCAACGGCCUCAAUGGAGCUGCACCUAAGAGGCCCCACUCGCCUUCACUGGAGGAGCCACACAAGAAACUGAAGGACACAGAGCAGGUAUUUGCUGAUGAAGAUACAUUUAAAGAACCAUACCCACCUUCCUCUAAUGGCCAGGAAACAGGAGAUGGCCCAACAGGGGAGGGUCAUGCAAUUACAAAGCCUAUGCCCAUUCCCACUAUCGAUACAUCAAGAACACAGAGACUGCCCAGUAAAGAACUGCCAGAUGCUUCCUCUCCAAUACCUACAAGCAACCUGCGUGUCAUUAAGAACUCAAUCAGACUCACUCUUAACCGAUAGCAGUGAAUUCUCCAUAGGCAAUGGUAAAUCUGGCAGCCAUUCCAGGAUUUUCUUUUUCAUCUUAAUUUACCAUCAUUCAGACUGUCUGCCUGGAGGCUACUUGAGCGAGCCAGAAAGCUGUGGACAGCGUCAAUGCUUUUAAUUUCAGGUUGCCACAGGUGCUCAUCUGAUCUUCCUUGAGACAUUGUAAAACAUCAUCAGUAUAAAGUGUAGACUAUGGAUUUUUAUAUAUAUAUAUAUAUAUAUAUAUAUAUAUAUAUAUAUAUAUAUAUAUAUAUAUAUAUAUAUAUAUAUAUAUAUCUCUGCCUCAAUGUGUCAAAUACUUGCUGAGUGGACAUCUAUCUGAGCGUGCUUUGACAUGUAACUUGUACAGUAGAUGUAGUUUGUAUAUAAUGUCUUUAAAGUCAUUGUUAAUCUUUCUAUACCAUUCUAUUGUAGUUUUUACUAACAAAAAAAGUUUAAAAAAAAAAAAAAGUUUUUUUUUUUUUUUUUUUUUUUUUAACUUCCCAGUCUUUUGAUAUGACGUCAUGGCUCUAAUAGUGUUUAGACCAGGACAUUUUUGGAGACUGAGGAAGUUGAGUGGGCCUGCCUUGUCCUAAACAUGACCUAUUUACUGAUAUCAACCCACUGUCUUAGCACGCAUGUAUUUACCACUCCUGUAACAGUGUGAAGGCUGAGGUUGGAUAUUGUUUGUAAGGCCAAGGUGGACAGAGCAGGUCAUGUAAAGCUUGUGUUUUGCUAAAAGCGGUUAUAUUAUUGCAGUAUGAGGUCAGAGUGAAAUGUGUGUGCGUGCGUGUCUGUGCGAGUGAGAGAUUUAUUCCCUGACUUUAGGGCUUCACCCCUGUGCCUCCCAUGGAGGUUUCUUUGGCAGCAGCAUAUUACUUUCAGCAAACAGAAAAUGCAGAAAAAUGUUAUUCCUCAGUGCCCCAGAACCCCAACACCCCCACCCCCACCCCA